AUGGCACCGAAGGGAGUGAAGGGAGUGCAGGGCAAGUUCGCCAAGGCCAAGGCCAAGGCGGCGAUGAAUAAGAAGCCUGCGGCAGCACCACCGAUUCGCCAGAGGCCUUCGGCAGCGGACGUCAGCGAGUUGGAGGGUCCCGUGCCCACCCCUGCCGACAGGCGGAAGUUCAUGCAGAUCGUGAAAGCAGGAGGUGCCCACCAAGCGAUCUUGGACGACAUCAGGAACAUCCAGGAUCUCGGAUACGGCAAGAACAAAAUGUCCAGACUGAACAAAAAGAUCAGCGCGUGGGUCGAGCAGGGCUUCGACCAUCCCACCUUCCAGGACACCAUCCAGUACAGUGAGAGCAAGAAGAGGGCGGAGCGUAACAAGGCGAUGCCCUGGAGCAUCUUGAAGGCGAAGCUGUUCCACAACUGCGAGGAGGCAGCCAUCGCGGCGCUCGAGGAGGGCGACGUGGUGGCCGUCACCAACCCGAAGGACCCUGACGGCAAGCCCUGGUACAGGUACGACGACAUCAUCGUGGAGCACGGCAAGGACAUGCGCCGCUCCCGCGGCUUGACGGUAGCAGGCAACGUGUCUGGCGACGUAUCGGGGUUCCUGCUCAAUAUGGAGAGCUUCUUCGAGAGCAUCGAGGACGGCUACGACCUGAGCAUCGCUGACCCACACGUCUCGAAGAAGACCGCCGCCAUCACCGACUGCUUGCCUGGCGCCGACGACGACCCAAUGACCACAGCGCUCAAGAAGGUGAAGAUCGCAUCGGGCAACCUGUCGAAGCUCCGCCUCAAGGUCCUCGAGUGCACGGGCAGCACGCACGGCAGCAAGCACGACGCAUUCGUCAAGGCGCACUUGAGCGACAAGGAGUCUGUGAUUCAGGCAAUCCUGGCGAAGUACGACACCCUCCUGCGCACCAAGUCCCUUCCAGGGGCCACAUCGGCCACGACGCCUGCCCUGAUCAAGCAGGCCAUCGCGAUCGACAGCAAACUGUGCCAGCAGAUCGCGAGUGCGAUCCAGGUGGCCAAGACGAUGGAGGAGUAGGCUAUUUGGGGAUGGCGGCUCUUUCUCGUUCGACCGACGUGCCAGUCGAAACUGAGCGCGAUCCGA